AUGACGAUACAACGAGUGUCUGUUACAGAUUCAAUAACAUGUGAUCCUAUCUUGAAUAUCGUUAAUCUUGAAAGGAAUGCAGCUUGUAGAUAUGUUCAUGCUAAAAAUAAGUCUCAACGUCUUUCACUUGAACCUGAUCGAAAAUCUUUCCAAUUAUUUUGGCACAAACCUAAAAGAAAGAUAUUCAAAAAAAGGGUCAUUAAAAUAAUUUUUGAUCUUUUACGAGUGACUUGUUCUUCACCCGUGAAAUUUAUGCGUUUAUAUCUUCAAAGGUUUUUGACUUCUGUUACGAAAAUUCAUUUAAAUAAUUUCGUAAUUCAUGUCUGA